AUGAGUAGUGCUCACAGCCAAACUCAGGCCGGAAGGACAUUGAGAAUUAUAGGCGCCGGCGCCUGCAGCACCACAUGGACACCAGAGGGAGGUGGUCCCGCUUUCAAAUUUGAAAACGAUGAAACCAACCGGUCACUUUACAACGACUACCAGAUGCAUGAAACGGUUGUCCAAAGCUUUCAGAGCCUUCCGAAAUGCACCCGAAUUCAAGUACCAGAUUGUUAUAACUUCAUCACGGCCGCAAACGAGGAGUGGUGGGACAGAAUGGAUGAACGCCUUCCUACACCCCGCACGCCUUGCAGUUGCAUACUGACCGAGCGGGUGCUUCCUUUCCCAAAGGAUACGAUGCGCUUGCUUAUACACAGUCAUUGCUUUCAGGGAAUACUGCCAGAUUCGGUUCUGCUGGAUGUCAAGGACAAGGAGUGUUUCAUCAGACCAUACCUCGGUCGCUGCCAGCCACAGGAGAUCAGCUUGAAGCCGGAGCAACACAUUCACUCGCAAGUAGAUAUACCCUUGUAUGUGGACCAAAUGAAAAUGCUCGGUGUCUCUGAUACACAUAUGAAACAAUACACGCGCACAAUGGCCGAGGCUCUUGCGACCAUGCAUUGGAUUGGCGGGAUUGACGGAAACGGAGUUGAAUAUAUCCUCGCACCACCGUGGGGCGAGUCAAUCAAGGCUGACACCAUUUUUAAUUCGCUUGGUGACCAUUGCAUGUGGGUGCUUGACUUUGAUCUUUGUGGAGAGAUGUCCAUGGAUGGGGCAGGGGUCCAACAAGCAGUCAGAGCCUUUCAGCAAGGCGAGCCAUUCUAUCCACGGCCGGCGAUAGACAAUUCACUCUGGUUAGAGUUCCGAGAACAAUAUUUACGAACCGGCGAAGAACGUCUCGAAUGGGCGCCAUUGAAUGAGUCAAAGCGUAAUCGGCGGAAGGCUUUAUCACGUUUGUUUAUAGAUCUAGUUGAAAAAGAGCUGGAAGAUUGA